CACCGUCAUCGCCGUUCUAUACCGCUCAUUCCUCUUGUCUUCUCUUCAUAAUGGCAGGGCUUAACAAGAACAAUUCAGCGAUAAAGCGCAUUAUGCAGGAAGCGCGCGAACUCGCCAAUGAUCCAUGCACGGACUACCGCGCAGCCCCAUUGGAGGACGAUAUCUUUGAAUGGCACUGCACCAUCCGCGGCCCUGCCGACACUGAAUUUGAGGGUGGACUCUACCACUUCAGGAUCACACUGCCUCCCGAAUACCCCUUCCGUCCCCCCUCCAUUAUAAUGUUGACGCCGAAUGGCCGUUUUGAACUCAACACCAAGAUAUGCAUUAGCUUUACCAACUAUCAUGAGGAGCUCUGGCAGCCCGCUUGGGGUGUCCGUACCGCGAUUGUCGGGCUACAAGGCUUCUUCCCUUUGAAAGGGACCAACGCUGUUGGACUUGGGGCCGUCGAAUACCCCCCGGCCGAGCGAAGGCGACUGGCCAAGGCCUCUCGAGAAUGGAUCUGCCCACAAUGUCAGCAGAGGAAUCUAGACCUGCUGCCGGACCCGCCAACGUCGAGCGAGGGAAACACGAGCCAUCAUCACGACGAGCCUAAGACGACCGUUGCUGCUGAAUCGACCGCGACAGCAUCUCCUGCCCCUCCUCCAGACGCCCCCAUGGCAAUUCAUAGCGUGGGCGUCCCGCUACCGUCCGGUAACGUCCAGCCGAACUCGGGUAUCUCUGGUCCAGCCGUACAAGCAGCGGUGUUGAAUCGCACUACUGUUGAAACGACCCCCGUUGCUCAGGCGCCGUCAGUCAGUGCGCAGCCCACACGACGUCCAGCACAAACGACUAGACGACCGCCGCUGCUGCUGGACACGCUCAUAUGCGUGCUACUGGCCAUAGUCGUAGGCUUGGUCUACCGACGACUGACCUGAGCGCCCGAGACUGGUUCCUGUUAGACUUUUAGUGACCUCCAUUUCAUGUCGAGGCUAUCCUGCUAUUCAUUCGGAUCUGUAUAAUUGUACUAUGAGAUUUGUCUAUGGACGUGCGAAUAUGAACUAGACCCCUGCCGG